ACAUUUCAGUCUCUUGCGAUAGGAGGAAGUGACUCGGAGGAGGAAACGGAAAAAGAGCGAUGAAUGUAGACAGCUCGCUUGUCAACAGCCAGCCUUCCGUAUCUGCGCACAAUACCAGUAAAUAAUAUAUUAUUAUUAUUAUAAUAAUUAUUAUUAUUAUUAUUAGUCCAGACGAGAAACUGUCCGCUCUGUCUUAAAGCUGCAACUGUAAUCUUCCGACCUCCCCCGGUGAGAAACGCUGUGCAGAGGAACAGAAACACAAAUAAGUAACAAUGGCGGAAAGUGCAGGAGAAGAAGUGUUUGACCAGCUUAUAGCCGGUCCUGCUACCGCUGCGGGGACCGGGCUCACCGGCGGCGGUACCGCGGAAACCCAGUUUCUGCCGAGCUUCGAGAACUCACUGGCGCCGGGUACCGGUAACCCCGCGGGGACCAGCCCGGGUCUGGUGGCCUCCACUGCCGCUGCGCCUGGGCUCGGUGCCGUGAGUGGUGUUGGUUCGGUUAGCGGUACCACUGGGGACGGCCCACAGGCUUCACCCUCUUUCGGUACCGCCAUUGGCAUGCUUGGCACGGCGGUAGGUACGGCCAUCCUUGCCCCCUCGUCCGGGAUCGGUUUAGGUCUCACCGGGACGAACCCCCCGAAUAUGGCCGGAGCGGGUAUGCUUUCCCAGCUUCACGCCACCUUCUGGGACCCGACCAUCAGCACGGACUGGGAUAGCGAGAAAGCGUCUCAGCAGUGUAUACUCAGGAUCAAAAGGGACAUCAUGUCAAUCUACAAGGAGCCCCCCCCAGGCAUGUUUGUGGUUCCCGACCCUCAUGACAUGACCAAGAUCCAUGCCCUGAUCACGGGCCCCUUUGAUACCCCUUACGAGGGCGGGUUCUUCCUCUUCCUGUUCCGCUGCCCCCCUGACUACCCCAUCCACCCCCCCAGGGUGAAGCUCAUGACCACGGGCAACAGCACGGUGCGAUUCAACCCCAACUUCUACCGCAACGGCAAGGUCUGCCUCAGCAUCCUGGGGACGUGGACCGGCCCGGCGUGGAGCCCGGCUCAGAGCAUCUCCUCGGUGCUCAUCUCCAUCCAGUCCCUGAUGACCGAGAACCCGUACCACAACGAGCCCGGAUUCGAGCAGGAGAGGCACCCCGGCGACAGCAAGAACUACAACGAGUGCAUCCGUCACGAGACCAUGAGGGUGGCGGUGAGCGACAUGCUGGACGGGAAGUGCCCCUGCCCCGAGGCCCUGUGGAGUGUGAUGGAGAAGUCCUUUCUGGAGUACUAUGAUUUCUACGAGGGAGUCUGCAAGGAGCGCCUUCACCUGCAGGGGCAGAGCAUGCAGGAUCCUUUCGGUGAGAAGAGAGGGCACUUUGAUUACCAGAACCUGCUCUCUCGGCUCAGAGCCAUCCAACAGCGCUUGAAGGAGAAAUGCCAGAGCCAGGAGAAGGAUGUGGACACGGACUCGGACUCGAGUUCAACAGGAACCGACCCCGACAGCCAGGGCAGCUCCAAGCCCUAGAAAGAGAGCGAGAGAAACUCUGGAACAGAACUCUUUCCGUAAGAGACGACAUUUUCUAGCUUAUCCGAACCUUUUUUCAGUAGGAGACAACAUUUUUAUUUCUAUUAUGUUUUGUUUGUUUUUCUUUCUUUUGGAAGUGGGACCUUCGUAGUGAUGGAUAUAAACUUCAGUACGGAAUUCGCUGAUUUCAAUAAAUACAUAAAUAAUAAUUAAUGAAAAAAAAAAAAGCAGUCGACGUUCUAGAGUGUUCUAGAGGGGUCUAGAAGAGAACGUUCUGGAAUGAGUCCCUGAGGUUUGUAGAGUUCUAAAAGCAGCUGUAAGUUCACAGGAGGAGAAAGGCGAUGGCUGCGUUUCUGCUUAUUUUCAAAGAUCGGUCUCUCUCUCUCUCUGUCCUUUGUGGAAUACGGCGCAAAAGAAUCCGGGAUUCAGAUCGGGACGAUGCAAAGCGUCGCACGAGAAUGUGGAGUCUGAAGCGGGAUCAGCGCUCCGAGGAACGCGGCUCCUUUAUCAGAGAUUGUGUGAAACGCCCCCUUGUGGCGGCGACAACCACCACCACCACCGAGCAAGACCGUGGACACAGAACCGCUCUGCAGAAGAGGAGAGAGACCUUUGCAAACUACUCACAGUUCUGUUUUUAUUUUGUUGAGUUAUUAUUGUUGUAGAUUUUGUUAAGGAGUAAAAAAAUAAUAAUUGAUGCAAAAAAAUAAUUGUUCAUGCAACAGGUAAGUUCAUUAUGUAUGUGUAUAUAUAUAGUGUGUUCCAUAAGUCCUGCAUCAAGGAUAACAUGACAUAUUGCUGGAGUGAAAUUGUCUGUUGCCUAGACUCCCCAGUUCUGUAAAAUGCACUAAAAUGUCAUUUGAAUUGCUAAAUUCCUUUUCUUACUACCUGAUGAUGUUUGCAGAGCAUCUGUAUUUUAUUGAUCCCAUCUUGAGUUGUGACCAUUUUUCAGGACUUGUUCCAUUUAAGUCAUGUGACAGUGAUUGCAGAGAGAUGCUUUUGAAUUAAUAAUAAUAAUAUUAAUGUUCAAAAAAUUAAAUCAGUGCCUAGUUUUAUUUUUUUACAAA